GGUUUCUUUGGGAAAUAAUUUUAGUCAAUUUGUAGGUGAGAAAAAUUUCUCCUGAGAAAUUUUGUGAAAAUUUCUCGUAAAAACAAGGAAAAUCCCCUAAAAGGCUCACUUCUGGGACAAUAAAAAGGCUUUUGUUUGAUUUGUGAGAAAAGAGUAAAGAUGGGAGGUCAUCACAUGCCAAAGGUCCCGGAUGCGUCGAUUUACCGCGUUGAGGAUGUCCCAGAGUUGCUGGAAGUGCAGAAAUCUCUCUCACGACAGGGCCUGCGGGAUCCGUGGCUGCGGAAUGAGGUGUGGCGGUACGAUGUGAAGCAAUUCGGAACACACAGGCAGCGCCUCAUGCGAGUCCUCUUCCGGGGCUUUGGUAUUGGAUUUGCCGCCUUUGUGGCCACCAUUGGCAUUGAGAAGGCCCUCAAGAUUGACUACACAGGUGGACGUCACCAUGGGGGGCAUCACGGUGAGGAGGGGCAUCACCAUUAAAUUGCAAUGAAAUAGGAUAAAUAAAUGUUGUAGAAAUUGUGAGAAGAAAA